UGCCGCUAUAGUGCUCACGAAAUGAAUAAAAUGCGAUGAAUUCAUUUUAGGGUAUCAUUCUGAUAAUAGGCUAGUCGAAAAAUUUGCUCGCAAUACUUCCUACUCUAUGGUCAGCCGUGCUUUCGAAGGCUGGGGAACGUUCACGAUGGGCCGUGUUCUGGUUGCGGUGCAGCUGCUCUUGGUCGUGUUUCUGCCAAGUAUCAAUGCACAAGCCGAGAAUUGCCCGUCUGGUUGGAAUUACUAUCAGCGCCAUUGCUAUCUGGCGGCCUAUGACAGCACAAGGUAUAGUGUGGCAAGAACGGCAUUCUCAUCCCACAGCGAGUGUCUGAGGUAUGGUUCCCAUCUCGUCAGCAUUCGCAGCCUGGAGGAGCGACAGAGCAUCAUCAGCUACCUGUCCACUCACGCUAAUUUCGGCACCGCCACUGUGUCAGUCAUCAUCGGCCUGCGUCACAACGGCCAGGAGUUCUAUUGGGACGACGGCAGGACGUUCAACAGUCGCAGUUUCCGAAACUGGGCUCCCGGCCACCCAGUUCUGGGCCAUCGUGGAGGCGAUUGCGUGUACAUGCACUACACAAAUGGUGUGAAUCGCGAUCUCUGGUACACCGCGGACUGCGAAGCUAGGUUUACACGCUGGGCUAUGUGCAAAAAGCCUUCUGUUUGUGGCCCGUCCCUUGCGCAGUAUUACUUUCAGAACGAAUGCUACCAGUUCACUAGCUCGCUGACGCACGCGCAGGCGUCGUCCGUGUGCAGAGAGACGCACGGGUCCGAGUUGCUCAUGCUGGAGUCGUCGCGGGAGAACCAGUACAUCUCGACGUGGAUCACCAGUGCAGUGGCCGGAACGUGGUUCUGGAUCGGACUGUCCUCAGCAAGCCCCAACGAUCCAUUCCGCUGGCAGGACGGCUCUUCGCUGGAGUACGAGAACUGGCUGGUCAACGAGCCGCUUGCUCUGAGCACGCCUCGCUGUGUGGAGAUGUUCAAAUCCAGUGUGGGAAACUCGGAGCAGGGCAAAUGGAGAGUGUUUGAUUGUCAGCACGCCAGGCCCAGCCUUUGCUCAAGGAAAUUGCCUGAUGAUGCUCUAGUCCCACUUGAUGACGAGCUAGUUCCCAUUCUCAUUACAGAGCCACAAGUGCCAGCUGGCCUUUCGAGUACCAAGUGUACAUCGCAUGGGAUGCAAUUCGCUCUACCCUUCCGCCUGGCGUCGCCGGAUCGCUUCUCCACCCCGUGCCUGGCCGGCGAUGUAGAGUUAGCAUACUUGCGUCAGCACUGGGGCAACCAGGCUGGUGUUCCGGGCGACAGUAACGGGCCUUUGCUGGGCAAGUGCCGCUGCUCUCCACAGAGAGAUGACGAGAAUCAACGAUGGUGGUUUGACUUCAGAUAUACAGAUUGUGGCACUCGACUGGGCAGCCUCACGCCAGAUAAAAUUUCGUACCUGAACACUAUCUUUGCCGGUGAGUUGUCACCAUUCGAAAUUGACCAGUUGGCCAGUGGGUACUUGGACUCAAAUCACUCUGGCUACGACCCUGAGAGCUCCAUCCUGCGCCUCGCGUUGCGCUGCGACUUCAACAGCAUCAUACGUGUUCAGAGCUUCGGCUACUUGGUGGACAUCUACACGGCGACAGAGUUCAAUAUAUCGGGCGUGGGUGUUUUCCAACUGCAGUCAUCCUUCUUGGACCAGAACCAGGAACUGCCGGGGCUGCCGUCUGCGCCCUCUGAGUCGCCGUCGGAGCUGGAAACCUUCAACGUCGGCAGGCCAGUGACAUUCGAGUUGGAGCUGCUCACCACGCACGCUCUGGACCUUCGGCCACUGAGGUGCUGGCUUAAUACAGGCGAGCCCACCAAGACACCUCGCCUGGUAUUCAUCGACGACGGGUGUCCAGUGCGCGAGUCCGUGACGGUUGGCGUGACACACUGGCGCAACCAGACUAGCCGCUACCAACGCUUGUCGUACCUGGCAGUUGCAUUCGUCAACCAGAUCGACGAUACUUACCGCAUGCAUUGCACCUAUCAAGUCUGUGCACCCGGCAACAAUCAGCCAUGUCAGAGAACUUGCCCAACUGUUGCCUCAACUUCGAGUCCCAGCGUCGGCCGGAGGAAACGUCAGGCGUCGUUUGAUGAAGACGAGGCCUUGCUGACAGUAACCUCGGUACCAUUCCGAUUCUUCAGAGCCACCAGUUCUGAAGCUACUGAGAGUAUUCCUGUUACUGAGAGUACUUCUGGUACUGAGAGUAUCCUUCCACCUCAACAUGAUGACUCGGCAGGUUCAACACCACACUCAAGCCUCCACAUUGCUACCAUCAUCUUGGUCAGCAUCAUCAGCAUUCUCUCACCAAUGCAUCUGGCCUGAACACAUGGCGUCUGUCAGAGCCAAUACCGGACACUCGUACCCUCUCCUCGUAGGCUGGUGCAGUACUAAUUUCAACACGGCCAGAACAGCGCUGGUCUUCGUACAUUUGAUAUACACCUGGGCUAUGAUUGCUGGAUUUUCCGAGUGUUAGCGGCGGCGUGCGUGCCCUCGGGAACGCAGACCAUGAUUUACUCUCUUUUUAGGUUAGUGCAAGCUGUACGUGCAUGCAUGUAUUGUAUUGGUCAAGAAGCUAGAACACCAAGUAAAACUAUUACAUACUCUGCUGUCUCCAACGCACCUAUAGAAUCCAAAUACAGCAGCCUUGUUUUUCUUGCCCGGAAUAUUUUUCUGUAACGGCAGUAUCCUUUGCGAAAAAUGCCUCCCUGAAAGCCGCAAAACAAAGGUUAGUCACGGUUUGUUCAUUUUCUCUUCUACUUCUUCCCACACCCUCACUUUGCGGUAUCAUUAAUCCUGGCACAAGCUUCCUCUGUCUGGA